AUGACUGAUCGAGAUGAAGAUGCUCUAUGGACAUCACGACCAAAACGUGCGAAAAGUCGACACAAUCUAACACCUUCGGAAAAGCAAGCUCAGAAUAUAGAGCAACUCUUUGAUGACCCGAAAAAGGCGUUGCGUAUGCCAGCAGCACCACCGUCCUUGUUUAAAGUUCGCCCACCCCCUGACAUGGUGAAUCACGUCCAAGGUAGCAGUGCGGGCGUUGGAAGUGGUGAGUUCCACGUGUACAAGAUGAGCCGGCGCAACGAGUCAGAGCGCAUCGAGGCUAUGAAAUACGAGGCGGAUCGUGCUACGGCACAAGCAGAAUUUGAUAAGAAACGUGAUGAGCAGGCCGCAUUAGAUAAUGCUAAAACAUCAAAGAAUCGUGCUCGGCGUGAAAAAAAGAAGCGCGCUCAGCAGCAUGCACGCGAAAGAAGCUACCAUCAUUACGAAGACAAAUCAAACGAUGAUUCGGACGGUCCUUCGCUCACACACACACAUCGUGUGUCGCCUAAUGUGACUAAAAAGGCCAGGUUUACAUUUGAGUCACCAUCUACGACAUCCACUUCUCUUCCGGAGGACGAUUCGCAUGUACGAACGAAUCAAACUGACUGA